AUGGUAUCAGUAUUGGGCAUUUUUACGUUUCGUGAAUCAGCAAUUGUUUUCUUUUCGUGGUUUGAUUGGAUGACCCCAGCCAGGUUCGCAUGCACUGUAAACCGAGUUUUGUUAGAAAAACUCAACCCCGACUGGGCACCUCACUGCUCUCUUUUAGUGAAGAUGCUUAAAAUCCUGUUGCCCUCGACACUUGAGUGGAAGCAGGUACAGCUUAAAUUAUUAAGUAUUUGGGCCGGUGUGCCUAAAUGUACAGAGCUCCAGUUGAUCGCCCACUGCACCGCGUUCGCUGCUGCAGUGUACAAUCGGGGUGGAGCGUUGUCGUUGCCGCAUGUGAACCGAGUUUGGUGCUCCUCAAACUUUGAUUUAAAAAACACAAAAAUGAGGCUAACGGGUACUUCUAUGCCCGGAAUAAUCGUUUUUUCAGGACAUCAUGGUCGCUUUUUGAUGGGAAAGAGGAUUUUCCAGCGCAGUGCCAGCCCAGAUCUACAGCAUUGCAAUUUCACUGCCACCGUCCCUCCUGACUGCGGCAACUGCCGAAGCCGCAAGCUGUCUCCGCUGGAGGUGGAGCUUCAGCGUCAAAGGAAUGCUCUAAGAGCGGUUGCGCAUUUCGUCGCCGGCAUGCAGAAAUGCCUCAAAUACUGGGACAAAAGUGGAAAGGUGCUACGAGUUGGCAUCAGUGGGUAUUUCUACGAUAAACCCACGUAUCAGCGGCCUGUGGAAGCAGUCGUCAAUGCACUUAAACCGCAACUGGAUCUGAUGAGGAAGGCAAAUGGUGAAGCAGCCAAGUCGAUUGCCAAAGUAGAACGCGCAAACAGACGAAAAUACAAGGCGGAAAAGCUGCUCUCUCGCAAGGAGGCAGCCCUCAAGAAGUUGCAGAAAAAGGCUCAGACGGGCAAGGAUCCUCAGGCUGCCCACAAAGUUAAAGCGGCGGAAGAUCAGGUUCAACUCGCCAAAAACGGACUGCAAAUGGCCGAGGCUGAGCUUGCGAGAGAAAUGCAGCAAACGAUGAAUGGAGCAGCACCUGAGGCUGCAAUGCAGGUUUCACGGGCUUUAGAAGCUAUGCUUCUUUUCCUUAUGGGAUCGGGAGUGGAUAUUGGCGCAGUAAGGGCGGCCAUCAAAACUCUAGAAGAAGCUCCCUAUGUUUCCCCACUUACUGCAAUGGGUUCCACUGGAGACUCUCGAGGAGAUGUCUCAAAGGCAGCCGUCUCCAAGGGAGCCCGUGGGGGUCCUCAAAGAGUAUCCAUGGCAUGUCAAGCCAUGGGCUGGAUCAUGCAACAGGAGGCAGCUGCUUUGGCUGCUCCUGUUAAGCGCAGAUUUGAAAUGCUUGGUUCACCUGCUUAA